CUUGUUGCAACAGUCGAGCGACGAUCGGGGCGACACCAAACGACGCAAAGUUAGCAGACGACAUUCGGCUUCCUGCAUCGAUUCGAAGAAUGUCGGAAUCUUACAGAUCUCAUUUGUUGAGUCCCGCUAAAAACUUUCACUCGGAGAUGAAUCAUCAAUCCAUUAAACCCAUAUUAAACGGACGAUCAUCUAAUCAGCACUUUCACGACGAUUACGAACCCGUUUACGAGGAUGAAACGUUGAUGAACAAAAUUGCCGAAUUGUCUCGAGCUUAUCGUCUGCUUCUAAGUAGCAUCGGAGAGAAUCCCGAUCGCCAAGGUUUACUUAAAACACCGGAAAGAGCGGCUAAAGCCAUGCUAUUUUUUACUAAAGGCUACAAUCAGAAGCUUUCUGAUGUCGUUAAUGACGCAAUAUUUCACGAAGAUCACGACGAGAUGGUUAUUGUGAAAGAUAUCGAAAUGUUUUCCAUGUGUGAACAUCACUUGGUACCUUUUAUAGGCAAAGUUUCUAUAGGAUAUUUACCAAAUAAAAAAGUUUUAGGAUUGAGUAAACUUGCUAGGAUAGUCGAAGUUUAUAGUAGAAGAUUACAAGUUCAAGAACGCUUGACUAAACAAAUUGCUGUUGCUAUAACUGAAGCCAUCAACCCUACUGGAGUAGGUGUCGUAACCGAAGCUACCCACAUGUGUAUGGUCAUGAGAGGAGUACAGAAAUUAAAUAGUAAGACAUUAACCAGCACUAUGUUAGGUGUUUUUCGUGAGGAUCCUAAAACUAGAGAAGAAUUUCUCACUUUGAUUAGACAAUAGAAAGGAAAAACUAUACACACAUACACACACACGUAUAUAUAUACACAUAUAUAUAUAUAUAUGCCUGGCUGUCGUGAAUCUGUUGUCUUUCAAAGUUAAAAUAUCAUAUUAAUCAAAGUAAUAUGUUGUAAAGUGGACCAUAAAAGCUUUGUAUUAUAUUUAAAUAAUCGGUAUUAUUACAUAUUGAUCGAUAUUAAGUGUUUAAAAUAUAUAGAUAUAGGAAUAGCUGUAUAUAUAUAUAUAUAUACUGUAUAUACAUAUACACACAGCUGUGCCUAUCGUAUCACUUGUAUCUGCAUCAUCACUUGUACUACAGUAAGGUCACGGUAAUCCGAACUAAUUGAGACUCGUUGUAGUUUGGAUUAAUAUGAUGCUUACGCUUUGAAACCAUUUUUUUACUAUUGAACGAUAUUUUUCAGCAGCAAAUCUCACAACAGGUGAAUUAGAUUUACUUUACACGUGAGAUGCAGGUGUACAGUUGACAUUGUUUUAGUUAGGGGAAUGGUAGAAGCUGUUCGGAUUACAAGGGGUUUGGAUUAACGUAACCAUACCGUAUAUAUCUUAUCACUUGUCGGUCUGCACACGAGAAUAACAUUUAUAUCUUUAAACAUUUUAAAGUAAACAAAAUACUGUUUUUUUAGAUUUUAUUUUAUAGCUUAAAUACUUUAAUAUAUUUUUAUAAUACAAUAUUAUUUAAAACAAUGACGAGAAGAAAACUGUGGCAAAAAGUAAGGCUCCACAAAAAUUUAUAUAAGGUCUGCUUAUACAUAAAA